AUGCCUACGCCUGAGGAAGUGCUCGAUGCCUCGAGUGAUUUGAACGCUCCAUCCCACAAUGCCACACCUGCCGGUGCCCCGUCUGCACUAGUGGAAGCAGGCCCUGUCUCGAGGGAAGAUGAUGCCGGAGAAGACGAUGCCGGAGAAGACGAUGCCAGAGAAGACCAUGCCGAAGAAGACGAUGCCGAAGAAGACGAUGCCGGAGAAGACGAUGCCGCCCCCAGCUAUGAUGCUGUCGCAGGUGAUAGACCGCCGUCUUACCGAUGGACGCUGAUGCACGGGUUUGCUCAGAGAGUUUCUGCCGUAGUAGCCAAACAUCACGAAGUGGCCAUUUACGAACUGGUCUUAGAGCGCCAACAACUUGUCGCAUGGUACCACGACCCUCUCCGCCUGCCAGAUGCCGAGACGCUACGUUUGUCAUUGAAGUUGUGGAGCGGUUUGUUGGAUGUUUUCGAGCUUCAGUUCGGAAAAUAUGGCCUCAAACUAGUCGAGGCAGGCUAUAAGAAAUUGGGUCUCCCAUAUGAUGACCCCCCCUUCAACUUCACCUCACGCCGAGAAUAGGGAUCCGCAGUAGACGUUGAGGGGUGUAUCGUGAUGGUGG